AUGUCACAUGAAAGUCUAAUAUUGUACAUCAUCUUCUGUUCUGCAGAUUCUGAGAGCCUGAAGACACUGAAGAAUUUAGCUGUAAAACGCGGAGGAUCUCUUACUUUUCCAUGUUUUUAUGAUGAGAAAUACAAAUCAAACCAUAAAUACUGGUGUAAAGGGCAGGACUGGCUCCUCUGUAAAAUAGUAGCCUAUACAAACACAAGUGGAAGAACAUCAGUUACUGACCAUCCAACCCAGAAUAUGUUUACUGUGGAACUAAACAGCCUCCAAGACUCUGACUCUGGAUAUUAUUGGUGUGCUGUGGAAAUUAGUGACGGAUCAGAUGACGGUGAUUAUGUGUACCUGACGGUCAGUUCAGAUCCUGCUGUGUCAGUGAUAAACAGCAGAGUGAGUGGUCAGGAAGGGGGCAGUGUCAGUGUCCAGUGUCUCUACAGGGCUGAAUAUAAGAAUAAACAUAUCAAGUGGUGCAGAUUUAAAGACAAGAGGUGUUUCUUAUGGGGGAGGACUGACACAUCCCAGAAUUCAGUAGUGCUGGUCAGUGAUGAUAGAAAAGAAUCUGUCAGUGUGGAGAUGAGGGGUCUGCAGAAGAGUGAUGCUGGCUGGUACUGGUUCAGUGCAGGAGAUGUGGAGGUUCCUGUUCACCUCACUGUCACUGAAAGACCUUCAACAACAACAGCUGUGACUCCAGUUUCUGCCACUGAGAAAACGAGCAUCAAUGAAACCACUUCAGUUUCUGAAACUAUGACCAAAAAUACAGAGACAACAACAGCAGAGCUAACAACUGCCCCUCCUGCAGUAACAGCUUCUGAAAAAGAAAAUGACACAAGCAAGAGUGGAAAGAUACAAUAUAAGCUCAUCUGGAUUCUACUGGCUGUAGGCCUGGGGCUUCUGCUGAUUUUGACCAUCAUUAUAACCUGUAUGUUGGCAAAAAAAUGCAAUGGAAAUCAAACAGAGAGCAGAGGGAGGGUCAGUAACACUGCAGUUCACACGUCUUCAUCUGCAUUGGAUCAUGAAAGUGUCGUCAUCUACAGCAGCGUAACCACAACAACCAAAAAGAAAACUCUCUCUCAGGCAGUCAGAGAUGAUGAGGUGAUCUACAGCUCUGUGGUUUUGGAAUAAGAGGUGUAAGCGAGUGUGUUUCUGGCCAGGUCUCUUACAAUGAAGAUACUGCAAUUCAAGACAUCUUACA